CCAGUGGUUCCCCCUCCCUGUUCGAUUCAGACCGAACAAAUUGCAUCACACUUGUUCUUUACAUUGCAUAAACAGUCUCAGAAUCUAAUUGAUCUGACUGAAUUUGGUGGGAGUUAGGGGUCAUGUCCGCAGCAGACUGUCGAUGCGAGCUAGCUAGCACACCCUGUCUGUCGAGCACGCAGAUGGAUUUAGUCCACCCAUCUCUGGUCUUUCAUCGAUGACUCGCGAAUGCUAGCUAAUUGUGUAGCUAAUUCAAUCUAAUGUUAACCAAUUUAUCGCAAGAGAAACAAGUUAAAGUUUUCUUAUUUCAGCGGCAGAUUAAGGAUUUCGACAUUCAAUCGCCAAAACAAAUUUCAUAUUAAUUCAACUUUUUUUAAAAAAAUUUACAAAAGAAGAAAGGCCCUUUUCCAAAGAAACUACAACAACAACCCUCGAGCUGGGAGUUGUUUGUGCAUGGGCUACAGCCUGCAAGGCGGGCUUGGAAACCCCGAGGAUUCUCGGCCUCCUGGUGUUCCGAGGGAAAGAGAAGUCAACAGAUGGACAAUGCUGAAGUGGACGUUUUUUUGGGGUGUUUUAAGUGUAGGGUAUUUUUGAGAGACAACGGGACAUCAGCAGCUAGUUAACUUCGCUAUCGCCUGAGCUCGAGGGACUGAAAGACCCCCCCCCCCCCACGGACCUUGCAAGCGACAGCGCUACAGACAUGAUGGAAGAACUGCACAGCCUGGACCCUCGGCGGCAGGAGCUGCUUGAGGCUCGCUUCACAGGAGUCGGAGUGGCCAAGGGUUCGGGAAUAAAUGAGUCGUCCAACCAGAGCCUGUGCAGCGUGGGCUCUCUGAGCGACAAGGAGCUGGAGACACCAGAGAAGAAGCCCAGUGACCAGAGAACCAGGAAGAGGAAAGGAGAGCAGUACGAUAAGGGAGGCGCCAGAAGUCACAAAAUUAGCGAUUAUUUUGAGUUUGCUGGUGGUAGUUGCCCUGCCACCAGUCUGGCGCGGGGCAUCCCUCCCCUGGUGCGCUCCUCCUGUCAACACUCACACUCUAACCCCCCAGUGGCGGUGCAGCAGGGCAGUCCGUCGUCCACAGGCUCAGCAGCUCCCGCCGAGCCCUUCUCCUCCUCCUCCAGCUCCCUGAAGCCUGUUCUGCUCCACUCCUCCUCAUCCUGCCACAAAUCUACUCAGUCUGACUUGACGCUUGAGAAGCUGACAGCAUUAGAGAACAACAAGAACUCUGACCUAGAGAAGAAGGAAGGACGGAUAGACGACUUAUUGAGGGCUAACUGUGACCUGCGGCGCCAGAUAGACGAGCAGCAGAGGGCGCUGGAGCGGUACAAGGAGCGCCUCAACAAGUGUGUGACCAUGAGCAAAAAGCUGCUUAUCGAGAAGUCGAAGCAGGAGAAGAGGACGUGCCGGGACAAAAGCAUGCAGGACCGCCUGCGACUGGGCCACUUCACCACCGUGAGACACGGAGCCUCCUUCACCGAGCAGUGGACCGACGGAUAUGCCUUCCAGAACCUCAUCAAGCAGCAGGAGAGGAUAAACUCUCAGAGGGAGGACAUAGAGAGACAGAGGAAGCUGCUGGGUAAGAGGAAGCCUUCUACCACCACCAUCACCACGGCCCAGAGCCUCACCCUACUCACCACCCCCAACACCAUGGAGCCUCCAACCGCCCCCAACAGCUCCGGCACCAACAAACGCAAGAGCAAGACCAACGGACAAGACAACGAAGUGUUGUCGCUUGCAGAAUAUCACGAGCAGGAGGAGAUUUUCAAACUCCGGCUUGGGCAUCUAAAGAAGGAGGAGGCAGAGAUCCAGGCAGAGCUGGAGAGGUUGGAGCGCGUCAGGAACCUCCACAUCCGGGAGUUGAAGAGGAUCCACAACGAGGACAACUCCACAUUUAAAGACCACCCCACGUUGAACGAUCGAUACCUGCUAUUAUAUCUACUGGGACGAGGUGGCUUCAGUGAAGUUUACAAGGCCUUUGAUCUAACAGAGCAAAGAUACGUGGCGGUUAAGAUCCACCAGCUCAACAAGAAUUGGAGGGACGAGAAGAAGGAGAACUACCACAAGCAUGCCUGCAGAGAGUACAGGAUCCACAAGGAACUGGACCAUCCCCGAAUAGUCAAACUGUAUGACUACUUCUCACUGGACACAGACUCGUUCUGCACAGUGCUGGAGUUCUGCGAGGGCAACGACCUGGACUUCUACCUGAAGCAGCACAAGCUGAUGUCUGAGAAGGAGGGCCGCUCCAUCAUCAUGCAGAUCGUUAACGCCCUCAAAUACCUCAACGAGAUCCGUCCGCCCAUCAUCCACUAUGACCUCAAGCCAGGCAACAUCCUCUUGGUGAACGGCACGGCGUGCGGCGAGAUCAAGAUCACCGACUUCGGCCUGUCCAAGAUCAUGGAUGACGACAGCUACAAUUCUGUGGACGGGAUGGAGCUGACCUCCCAGGGAGCAGGGACUUACUGGUACCUGCCCCCAGAGUGUUUUGUGGUCGGCAAGGAACCCCCCAAGAUAUCCAACAAGGUGGAUGUGUGGUCGGUGGGGGUCAUCUUCUACCAGAGCCUCUACGGACGCAAGCCAUUUGGACACAACCAGUCCCAGCAGGACAUAUUGCAGGAGAACACCAUACUGAAAGCCAAGGAGGUGCAGUUUCCCCCCAAACCUGUGGUCACCACAGAAGCCAAGGCCUUCAUCCGCCGCUGCCUGGCCUACCGCAAGGAGGAGCGCAUUGACGUGCUGCAGCUGGCCCAAGACCCCUUCCUCAUGCCCCCCUUCCGCAAGGCCCUGGCCACUGCAGCCGGGCCGUUGGUGUCGGGCUCCACGCCCUCCACCUCCAGCGCCUACAACAGCAGUGCCUCGAACUGAGGCACCCAACGCCACCCCAGGAGACCCCUGUGGGGGCCACAUUACUCAAACGCCCUCCCUUCUGGAUAGUGGGAUGGAGGAUGGAGGGGGUAAAAACAGACUAAAAGACGGAGGAGUAAUAUCUGAAGUGCCCUCCCUAUCCCCACCCCUCCUAAGACAUGAAGGGGCAGUGCCAGUCUAUGGCUUUUCUGUAGGACACAGUGGCUGUCCACGUACAUGUACACACACACACCUGCCACAAAUAAGAGAAAGACCUUGCUCUGACCAGUGGGCUGCUUCAGAGGGCUAUAGGAAAAUGGACUGAAGUUAGUGUGUGUGCAUACAUGUUUUCGGGAAAACCAAACAGCUCAAAUCAAUCUGUAUUUGUCACAUGUGUUUAGCAGAUGUUAUUGCGGGUGUAGCGAAAUGCUUGUAAGCUAGAAGCAUGGAAGCCCUAUCUGUUGGCACCAUUUUCCUACAUAUCCAUUCCGUUUGUUUUGAGAGAGAAGCUUUUUACAUUUUUUUUUGCUUGAGUUGUAUCGAAAGUUGAACUCUAUAUUUCCCAAUAAUAUAAUCCAUUACACCCCCCAAUGGUGAGCCAUUAACUUUUUUGAAGGGCUUAAAUGAUGUGGGAGUUUCUAUUUCUGAUUACCUAAAUUGAAAGCAUGCCUGGCUGAUACAUUACUGUUAGGUUUACACUGACAAGUUAAAGAAAGCGGUCAUUUUCACUAGGAUUGUCACUUUUGACUGAUUUGAGCAGAUUUAAAUAUAUUCUUGGAUAUUGGAUUGGGAAUUUACUUGUCUAUUUUUUCAUGAGGCUUUCCCUCAAAAUGGGGAGGGAGAGACUUAAUAGAAAUGCCUAUAAACCAUUACACCAAC